GUCUGCUCUUUUCCUGCCGUAUCCAGCUCGUCUUGCUGCACAACAGCCGCGCUAUACAGUCAGAAACCGAGACACACACCACUAACAACUUCUGCGCCUUCUGUCGCGCGCGGCUCGGCGGGAUGGGAAAUAGGAGGCUUGGAUCGCGCGCUCUCGCCCAGGUACAGAGGGCCAAGCGUGAUCACAAGCGACGCCACGACACCGUCGACGCCUCGACGGUGGUGGCCGCCGCGCCGCGCGCGAGAAAGCGCGCGAGAAGAUUGGCACAAAAAGACGCCGUCGAGGAGACGGUGCAAGCCGCCGAUCUAGAAUCGCAGCUGAACCUCGCCAAGUGGGUGGACCGCGGCAUUCCUUUAAAGACGCUGGAAGAGGUGAUAGACCCGGAGUCCGAGGAGGAGUUCGCCCUGCUCGCGGCCGCGCUGCGGAGCGGUAAGCCGCUCGCCAAGUUCAGAGAGCAGGUCGAAAGGUCUCGCCGGCGCGUCGAGCGGGACAAGAAGCUGCGCGCGGCCGGCGCCGCGCUGAGGGACAAAGACGGCUUCUCGACGACGUAUGUUCAGCGGGUAUUGAAUGCAGCUGGUGGAGUCACGUUGCGGGAGAUGAAGGUCGUGCAGACGGGCGCGCAAGCUCGAGCGAAGCGAAAGCGCGACCGCGCCGUCGCAGCGCGCCCGGCCAACCUGCGGCCGUCCUACGAGACACAGACGGCGGCGCCGGGCAACAACCCCAGCAUUAAAUCUCGAAAGGGGGAUCGGAGCGGCGGCGUGCGCCUGCACCCGGAGACGAAGCGGCCGCAGGCCGAGAUCAACGCCCAGGCGCAGCGCGUCACAGGACCUUACGCUCGGGGCACGUACCAGAUGAAGAUCCCGAAGAGUCUGUUCAGCAACAAAGCCCUCGCUCGCAUGGGCUUCCGGCCGACGAAGAAGCCGAAGCGGCUCUUCUCCUUCAGCGGCCCCACCGCGAAGGACGACGCGCGGGCCUUCGACAAGAAGCUGAUGGGGUGGCUCAAGAAGUGGAAGAAAGGGGUCGGGUCGCCGCCGCAGCCUUAGUCGGCGCGACCGGGGCGCGUAAUGUGUUAUGCACGUGAUCUCGAAGGGGGAGCGC